AUGCUCCGAAACAAAGCCUUCUCUCGACACGGUCCCACCACUCUUGUUUAUUCGGUUGUCUUUUUGUUGGGCUGUUUGGCAAUAUUGACGACUUCUUCUCUUGCUCUAGAUAUUUUGACCAACACAAAGAAAAAAGAAGAAGCUAGAAUGGCCCAACUCGAACAAUACAUGACCAUCGGAAGAGAUCCAGAACUAGCAAGAUUUGAACAAGCAGCUCGGCCACCAUCAAAUAAUGGUCGCACUUUAACUGUAAAACAAGACUCUUUCUCAUGCCACUACUCAUCACCCACACAAUCCGAAAAGAAAUUUGAAUGUGAUGCUUCAGUCAAUCAAACCAUUGCCGGAGAAAAAUUGAAUUUUAAUGCCACCUUUUCGAUUACAGUUGAUUUGAAAGAAGAAUGGGCUCUUGUUGAAAUUGAUUAUGAUGGUAUGGAAAUUUAUAAAAAGAACAUGACAAUUGCGGAUCUUACAGUUCCAAUAUGUGUCACGCCUGCUAUCUUAGAUAAGCUCAUUUCAUUAUGCCUCGACAUUAGUGGAAUCAAAUUUGAUGUCAAUAAGGAUUGCUUUAGAGCAUUUGCUUCUCUAGAUUUGAAGAUUUUAUUUGUCAAGACGAUUAACAUCAUUCCACCCACAGAAUUUGGUUGGAACAUGGCACAAUGUGAUGCUUCAAAAAGACAUAAUUAA